AUGGUAUCCAGAAAACCCCAAGUUUCUGUGGAUAAUGUUCCUCUGGACACAACACUUAAUACAUUUAUUCGACUUUAUGCCAAUCUAACGGCCACGAAAUUUAUGUGUCGAGAAGGUGGUUGUGGUUGCUGUAUUGUUACUCUCCAUGGCCUUCACCCAGUCACACGGCAAUUAUCUUCGUGGUCAGUGAAUUCCUGCCUCUUUCCAAUCUACUCAUGCCAUGGAUUGCAUAUAGUGACUGCUGAGGGUCUAAAGACGGACAAUCAUGGUCCUCACAUUUUACAGAGACACUUGGCUUCGUCAUUUGGUACCCAAUGUGGAUACUGUAGUCCUGGAUUCAUCAUGACUAUGUAUGGUUUGCUGGAGGCCCGAAAUUACAGUGUAACCAUGAGGGAGGUUGAAGAUGUUCUUGGUGGAAACCUUUGUCGAUGCACUGGAUAUCGACCAAUUUUGGAUGCCUUUAAGUCAUUUGCUAUUGAUGCACCAGGAACUGUUGCUGACAUUGAAGAUUUACCAAAAUCUUGUAGUAUUGGACGGAACGUAUGCUUCGAAACAUGCUACAGUGAAGUACAUCUAUGCCUAUCAUAUGGGGGUCAAUGGCACAAGGUUUAUACCGUUCCGGAUAUUCUGCGGGUUUUGUUAUCAAUUGAAGAUUUUUCAUAUACUCUUGUGUCAGGAAAUACAGCCAGGGGACUUUAUCCUAAUAACGACCAUCCGGAUGUCUACAUUGACAUAUCCGGAGUACCAGAACUUCGAACGAUAUCCGUGGAUACAGUGCUUCAAAUUGGAGCCAAUGUUCCAUUAACUGAAGUCAUCUGCGAGCUCCGUAAGGCUUCAGAAACCCGCAGUGAUUUCUUCUACUGUCGUCAAAUUGCUAAGCAUAUAGAACAGAUAGCACAUCCUGCAGUGAGGAAUGUGGGAACCAUAGCUGGAAAUCUAUCAAUCAAGCAUCAGCAUAACGAAUUUGUGUCAGACAUAUACAUUUUACUGGAAGCUAUUGGGGCUACCCUAACAAUAAUAUCUUCCGGGGGAAGUAUAAGGAUUGUUGGUAUUGCGGAUUACAUGAAGAUCAAUAUGAAGAAUCGGAUAAUAGUCAAAAUAACUCUUCCCUCGCUACCGAAAAAGCAAUAUGAGUUCUUUAGCUACAAAGUAACGUCAAGAGCCCAGAAUACCCUUGCCCUUGUGAAUUGCGCUUUCCUGUUCAAAUUCAACGCAGAUCAUUCAAUGGUUCUCAAUGCAAAAUUAUGCUUUGGCGGACUUAAUCCACAUUUUACCCAUGCCACAUGUACGGAAAAUUUUCUGAUGAAUCAAAACUUAUUCAAAGACUCUACCAUUCAAGCAGCUUGUUUAAGGCUUGAGAAAGAAUUGGUUUUGGAUUGGGUACUACCAGCUCCAUGUUCAGAGUACCGAAAAAUGGUUGCAAUCGGUCUCUUCUACAAGGCUGUUGUAGGUAUAUGUCCAUCGGACAGGGUUAGACCAGAAAUCCGAAGUGUUGGACAGGAUAUUGAAAGGAUGUUGUCGUGUGGAGAACAAUAUUUUUCAGACAGUCAUAUCCAUAAACCGAUCAUCAAGUUAGAAGCCAUAGGUCAGUGCACAGGUGAUGUGAAAUACAUCAAUGAUAUGCCCUACAUGCCUAAUGAAGUUUGGGGAGCUUUUGUAUGUUCUUCAGAAGCUUCAGCCACGAUUGUCAACAUUAACACCAGUAAUGUUCUGAAUAUGCCAGGAGUGGUUGCGUUCUACGGUGCCAAGGAUAUAACAGGAAUGAAUAAUUGUUGUCAUCCAGUAAUGGAACAGUUUGAAUCACAGGAGCUAUUUAGCAGUGGUCGAAUAAUUUACCAUGGUCAACCAAUUGGAAUGAUUAUCGCCGCUACAUUAGAUAUAGCUCAAGCUGCUGCUACUCAAGUCGUCGUGACCUACCGCCGAGAUAUAAAUACUAGACCUAUCGUUAGCAUUAAAGAUGCAGUUGAAGAAAGCUUCUUUUCGCAGCAGAAGCAUGUAGGUAGAGAUAUGAUAAACCCACUAAAUGCCAUAAGUAAUGGAUUAGAUACUGCACAUACUUUCUCCGGUCAAUUUGAAGUUGGUGCUCAGUAUCAUUUUACCAUGGAACCCCAGACUACGAUAUGCAUUCCAAAUGGGGAUGGUAUUGAUGUAUACUGUUCCACGCAGUGGUUGAACUUCGUGAAAGUCAUAAUAGCACAAGUAUUGAAUAUACCAGAGAACUUAAUCUCAAUGAAAGUCAAAAAUGUAGGAGGUGCAUAUGGAGGAAAGCUGUACAAUAGUGUUUUUGCAGCGGCAGCUUGUGCUCUAGUUUGUCGACUACAGAGGCGACCAGUUCGAUUCGUUUUAUCUCUUGAAACAUGUAUGAUUACAUUGGGUAAGAGACUUCCAGGUUUAACUGAAUACAAAGUGGAUGUUAGUACAGCUGGAAAAAUUCAAAAACUCAACCAAGAAAUAUGGUUAGAUUUUGGAGCAGUUAUAAUUAAGGGAAAAUGCAUGAAAACUGACACACCGCCAAACACAUGGUGCCGAAGUCCGGGACAUGUGGUAGGAUUUGCAAUGAUUGAGAAUAUUAUGGAGCAUAUUUCGAGGGUGGUGAAUUGUGAUCCAUUGGAUAUACGCCUGGAAAAUAUACCUGAAGACUCUCUUAUGAAGAAAAUUUUGCAAGAUUUUGCAAAAAGUGUCUGCUAUAGGGAACGUAAGGUGGAAAUGCACUCUUACAAUCACAUGAAUCGAUGGAAAAAACAAGGAAAUGCUAUUGUUCCACUUAAGUAUGAAGUUGAAUACAUUUAUAUAAACACAUCUAGCGUGUUUGUUAACACAUCAGAUGGUACAGUUAAUGUUAUUGUUAGUGGUGUAGAAGUAGGACAAGGACUCAACACAAAAAUUGCACAGAUUGUUUCUAAAACACUUAACGUACCUCUUAGUUUCGUCAAAGUAGAUCCUACGAAUGGACUGAUUUGUAAUGGGGGGUUGGGCACAGUUGCGAGUCAGACAAAUGGUGCCGUUGGAUUUGCUACACUAAAGGCUUGCAAGGAAAUUUUGCAUCGUAUGGAACCAGUCAGGAAGGAAAUGGGUGAUGUUCCCUGGCGCGAGCUGACUCAAGAGUGCUUCAAACGUUCAAUUCCACUCUCAUCUAUGCAAUAUCAUCAACCGAAUGACAGUCCAAACUAUGAUGUAUGGGCUGCAGCCUAUGCUGAAGUUGAAAUUGAUAUUAUCACAGGAGCUGUGAUUGUCAAACGUGUGGACAUUGUAGAAGAUGUUGGGAAGAGCAUUAACCCGCAUAUUGACAUAGGACAAAUUGAGGGUGCUUUUGUCAUGGGACUUGGAUAUUGGUUGCAUGAACAAGUUAUCCACGAUCGCUUUUCAGGUGAACUAACAACGCGCAACACAUGGACAUACAGAAUACCAGGAGCUAAGGAUAUCCCAUCUGAUUUUCGGGUGACCCUUCUGGACACCUGCAAAAGAGACUUUAGUAGUGUUUUAGGUUCUAAGGCCGUUGGAGACCCUGCAACUUGUCUCGGUGCAGUUCUACCUUUAGCCGUUCGCUAUGCUCUGGAUUCAGCUCGGCAGGAUGCUGGGCUUGACAAUGAAUGGUAUCAGCUGAAUUGCCCAUUGACCCCUGAACAGAUCCAACAAAACAGUGGCACCAAACUCCAUCAAUUCCAGCUUUAA